AUGGAUAAACUGGAACGGGUCCGAAACGCGCAACUUGCGCUGGUGAAACGGGAGCUGCUGGCAGCCGAAGUGCUUGGCGAACGGAAGGCGUUCUUCGUCGAAGCGACGGAUCGGCUGGAACAGCUCAAAGCGCUCGCCGGGAAGUUCCGGCAGACACAGGACAACAUUGAGCAGGAACAGGAGAAUCCUGAAAGCAUUGCCUCAGUGCAUGACCACCGGGAGGAAUUUAAUCAGGCGUAUUAUCCAGCGAGGAACCUCUUGGAGAAGUACAUCGCGGACAAAAAUCCAGAAGAAACUGGUUCUUCGACAUGUGGCCGCACGGUGGUUGACGGAAACUACAGUGAGUUGCGCGAAGCGAUGCGAUUAUUGAUGAUUACUCAGCGUGCGAUGAUGGAGAACCAGCGAUUGGCACACGUAGCAGGGGAUCAAGCAAGGGUACCGGAAGUGCGACUUCCGGCGAUUGACGUGCCGAUGUUCAACGGAGAACGGAAGAAUUGGAUUUCCUUCAAGAACAUCUAUGUGACGACAAUUCAUAACCGGACCGACUUGGAGGCUUCGCUGAAAAUGAAAUAUCUAGUUUCAUAUGUCGACGGGUACGCGAAGCUCCUGGUCAACUCGUAUCCUAUCUCCGAUGCCCACUACGAGGAGGCUUGGGCUGCGCUCACGAACUACUACGACAAGAAAAAGUUCACAGUGUUCUCCCUUGUCCGGGAAUUCGUAGAUCAACCGGGAGUCAUCACAGCAUCUACUGGCGGACUUCGCAAGCUUGUCACAACAUCCGAUGAGGUGCUACGUCAACUCAACGUUCUGGGAGAUGAGUUCAACGCACGGGAUCCAUGGCUCAUCCAUCUGUUGCUGGACAAACUGGACGAAGAGACGCGCUUGUUGUGGGCACAACAGAUUGUUCAUGUGGAAAACCCUUCUGUGGACGACUUUCUGAAGUUCUUGAACAGCAGAUGCGAUGCCCUAGAGACGUGCGCGGCAUUUUCGAUGAAGGCGACUCCUCAAGUGACAAAGACGGAAACAGAGAUGCAAGCAGUGAACAACAAGACAGUGCAGUCGCUACACUUGGCGAUAGCAGCAGAAAAGUGCGCGAAAUGUUCUAAGGAACAUCCGGUCUAUCGAUGUGAUGAGUUCAAGAAGAUGGACAUAAAAUACAAACGGAAACUAGUGAUGCAGGCGAGAUUGUGCUAUAACUGUUUGGGGCCAUCCCACAUGGCCAAGGGAUGCAGUUCAAAGUCAGUGUGCCGCACCGUGGGCUGCGGGCAACGGCAUCAUUCGCUGUUAUGUCCACAGAGAAAACUGCAGAAGCAAUUCAUCACGCCCAUCCCGAAUCCAAGCUCCCAACCACCACGGUCGACGGAUGUACAGAUUCCUGUGGAGGUGCCGCGGAAAGCACUCGUUUUGCCUACUGCAGUUAUCCGCAUUCGCAAAAACGACGGUAGUCUUCUCCCAGUGCGGACCCUGAUCGAUUCCGGCUCCGAAGCAUCCUUGAUCUCGGAGACUUGUUACAACAAACUCGGACUCCCUCGUGUGUGA